AUGUUCAGCAGAGGAUGGCGAACAGCAGCAGCGACAGCCGCUGUGCUGCUCAGCAAUAUGACAGUUGCACAGACCUGGUCAGCAUGUAACCCGCUCACAUCAACAAGUUGCCCAGCAAACACAGCACUGGGCAUGACAAUAAACGUGGACUUCACCCAAGGUGAGGUCAACUCGUUCGCCGCAAGCGGAGGGACACCAACAUACGGCAAAGACGGCGUGUCCUUCACCGUUGCCAAGCGCGGCGACGCCCCUCAGCUGACCAGCGUCUUCUACAUCAUGUUCGGCCGCGUCGAAGUCACCAUGAAGGCUGCCCCAGGAGCCGGCAUUGUCAGCUCGCUUGUGCUCCUCUCAGACGCCCUGGACGAGAUCGACAUGGAAUGGCUGGGCUCCGACGACAGCGAGGUCCAAACCAACUACUUCAGCAAAGGCCAAACCGCCUCGUAUAAUCGCGGCCAGUUCAACCCGGCGCCCAACAACCAAGCCGAGUUCAUCACCUACACUAUGGACUGGACCUCGGAGCGCAUCAUCUGGUACGUCGGCGGCACCGUUGUGCGGACCGUCACCUUCGACGCCGCCGCAGGCCAGUAUCCGCAGACACCAAUGCAGGUCAAGUUUGGCGCCUGGGCCGGCGGGGACCCGUCCAACCCGCAGGGUACCAUUGAAUGGGCGCGCGGGCCAACCGACUACUCCAAGGGCCCGUUCUCCAUGGUCGUGCGCUCGGCCGUCAUCACCGACUACUCCACCGGCAAGCGCUACACGUACGGCGACACCUCGGGCACCUGGCAGUCGAUCCGGUCCGAGGGCGGCGAGAUCAACGGCAACCUCGGCAAGGCAGGCGCCGUCACCGUGACUGCCAGCGCAACGCCGACCAACUCCCUCUCGCCGACCGUCCCCGUGGGCGGCAUCAUAGGCGGCAGUUCCACCACCGGCGCCAGCGGCUCCACGCGAACGGUAGGCCCGAUCCCGGACGGGUGGGUCAUGACAUCGGAGGGCAAGAUCGUCCCGGUAGGCUCUAGCACUGUAAGUACGUAUUAUUAUUUGCCCUGGAAGCAUGUUACAUGUACAUGGUCUCAUGCCGUCUCCGCCGCGAUGCUAACAAGCGUCCCUCAUAUCCAGACACCCCCAAGCCAGUCAUCCUCUGGGGAGCCUUCCUCCUCGCCCUCAGCGCAGCCCACAGGCGGUGACACCACCUUCACCACAAGCACCACCGCGGGGACGUCGACGCCGCUCAGCACCAGCGGCGGCCGCGUCCCGACGGCUGCGCCAGGCGUGAACAGCGCAGCCACCCUACGACAGGGUCUCGCGCAAAGUAUUGUUGUUCUCACUGGAUCAAUCAGCGGUGGCAUCGGAUAUAUGCUGCUUUUUUGA